AUGAGUCUCCCUCUUCAAGUUAUACCUGUAGGGGAUGCAACUCUCACCUCUAUAGCGCGUGGCAGGAGAGGUCGCAUCUUGUACGACAUCCCCUGCAAGGUGUGUCAGGACCACUCUUCGGGGAAGCACUACGGGAUUUUCGCCUGCGACGGAUGUGCGGGAUUCUUCAAGAGGUCGAUCCGCCGCCAGCGCCAGUACGUGUGCAAGAGCAAGGCCGACGGAGGGUGCCUGGUGGACAAGACGCAUCGAAAUCAGUGUCGCGCUUGCAGGCUGUCCAAGUGCAUUCAGGCCGGCAUGAACAAGGAUGCCGUGCAGCAUGAACGGGGUCCCCGUAAUUCAACACUUCGCCGCCAGAUGUCUCUGUACUUCAAGGAGGCAGGAUCGGACUCACCCCCACCCCCACCACGCCCACGAAGCACCACGCCGCCAGAGCCCGCCCACACUCGCUCCUCCCCGCCCAUCCUCAGCCACAUGCCUUCGCCGGACACGGUAUGCGAGACGGCAGCGAGGCUCCUCUUCAUGAACGUGCGCUGGGCCAAGCAUCUGCCCGCCUACACUGCCUUGCCGUUUAGGGAUCAGUUGAUGCUUUUGGAGGAAGGAUGGCGGGAGCUCUUUGUCCUCUCGGCUGCUCAGUUCCUCUUGCCCGUGGAAGCCGGACCUCUUCUGGCCUCGUCCGGCCUCAGCGGAGAGUCCACGGAACGCCUUCUGCCCAUCCUGCAGGAUAUCAAGCUCUUCCAAGACAUUCUUGCCAAGUUCAAGGCCAUGUGCGUGGACCCUACAGAGUACGCGUGUCUGAAAGCGAUCGUUCUCUUCAAGACAGACGUGAAGGGCCUGCGCGACCUGGGUGCGGUGGCCGCCCUCCAGGACCAAGCUCAGCUCACGCUCAACAAGUACAUCACCACAGCUUACCCGACCCAGCCCUUCAGAUUCGGGAAGCUGCUACUGCUCCUGCCUUCCCUCCGGGCCGUGGGCUCCCGCACCAUCGAGGAGCUCUUCUUCAGGAGGACCAUCGGCGCCAUUCCCAUCGAGCGAAUCAUCUGCGACAUGUACAAGACGGCGGAUUUCUGAGAGUCUCGAGGAACGAGAAGAAGACGGAUAAAUAAACCUUAGAAUCUCUAUUUUUACCGAAAGAGGCCAAAACCGACGCCCGUUAAGAGUUGUAUAUAGAUAGACCUGCAGAGAAAGUUAUAAUUUAACGAGAUAGAAGACUGGAAAUAAUAAUUGUGAUAUCAUGCGAAGAUCAUCUAACAAAAAAUCAUAAGAAACUCAUAAUUCACUGUAAGAUUAGACCCCUCACCAGUGACCCAGUCUUUAUAGCACAAGAUGGACACUCACAAAAAGCGCCAUGCAAAUUAGGAUUUAAGUGUACAGUUUCAUUUAUUAUUACAUCAUUUUUCUUCCAUUUUGUAUCUUCUUUUCGACCCAUCUAUCCCUUUCUUUGAAUGACGAAAAAUCAAAAGAGAAAAUCACCCAGUGAGACAUAGCAUUCAUAGUGAUAAACCCCACCAUUAUGUAGCCUUAGGAGAUUGUUCACGUGUUGGGACAGACUGCGUUCGCCGACCAACGACUGCUGCGCCGGAAGUGA